ACAGCUUAGCUUUAAAAUUGUCACAUACCAUUACCACUUUGCCUUUACUUUUAUGUAUCGUUCCCCUGACUUCCUUACUGCAGGUGUGGGCAAGAAAGCUUUUCCUUUAAAACUUUUCAACAGUGGGCAUAAAAUUCUGCAGCUGAGGUCUUGAAGAAUGCAGAUGGGUAUAGUAUAUGUUGGAGCUCGCAGUGUGUAUUGACUAACUUUGUUUCUUUUAUUUAUUUAAUUUUAUUUUUUUUUUUUGCUUUUCUGAUAUUGUCUUGUUUAAGUGGCUCCUGAGUGUAAAAUGUCUCCUGAGGGUGGGAGGCGGGUGGGAAGUGCGCUUCGUGCUCCGGGCCGAGACCCACGAGAUGCAGCAUUUCACGGCCUUGGAAAACACACUGCAGACUUGGUAUUGAGACCAAAUGGACUGAUGGCUUAAUCAUCAGAUUAGCAAAUAGCACUUGCCUAUAGAAAGAAAAAUAAAACAAACCCGACUGCCCAGCACAGCCUUGUUUCGUGAUUCGUGGCCCUCUGCUAGCUUGGGAUUCGGUAUCUCCUGCCCCUUCGUUACAGCAAAAUAAAAGGGGGGAUAAAACAACCCAAAGCGUUGGCUCUGAGCCAGGCUGCCUGUCUCCUUUUUCUCUUUGGGCUGUGCGGUCUUUUUAUGUGGAUGACAGGCCUUGGACACUACUUGGCUCGCCAACGCUGUGUUUAACAUGGUGUACGAUGAAUAAAUGCUGAAAUGGUAUUUGCUGCCAAUUACAAGUUUUCCAGAAUGUCCUGUUACCCUCUAAGCUUUUUCAAGUAAUUUUGGGGAGCAGGAACACCAAGUAUUUUAAUCUGCAUAUUGAGGCGAAAUGAUCAUACCGGCAUUUUUGUUCUCCUGUCAGUAUUCUAAUGUCUCCUUAUUUAAAACCACAAAUGAAUUUCAGGAGAUGAAACCAGACAAAGGGUGAAGUUUACAGACGAUCGUGUCUGCAAGAGCCACCUCCUGGAUUGCUGUCCUCACGAUAUCCUGGCAGGAACAAGAAUGGACCUGGGAGAGUGUACAAAGAUCCAUGACUUGGCACUGAGAGCAGAUUAUGAGAUUGCAAGUAAAGAGAGAGACCUGUUUUUUGAGCUGGAUGCUAUGGAUCACCUGGAAUCCUUCAUUGCGGAGUGCGACAGGAGAACAGAACUGGCCAAGAAGCGCCUGGCUGAGACACAGGAAGAGAUCAGUGCCGAAGUGUCUGCGAAGGCAGAGAAGGUACACGAACUGAAUGAAGACAUCGGAAAGCUCCUAGCUAAAGCUGAACAGCUGGGAGCUGAAGGGAAUGUUGAUGAGUCUCAGAAGAUCCUGAUGGAAGUAGAAAAAGUCCGAGCAAAAAAGAAAGAGGCAGAGGAAGAAUACCGAAAUUCAAUGCCUGCAUCCAGCUUCCAACAGCAAAAGCUGCGUGUGUGUGAAGUCUGUUCAGCAUAUCUUGGUCUCCAUGACAACGACCGGCGUCUUGCUGACCACUUUGGAGGCAAAUUACACUUGGGUUUCAUUCAGAUUCGUGAGAAACUGGAUCAGCUGAGGAAAACAGUGGCAGAAAAGCAAGAGAAGAGAAACCAGGAUCGUUUGAGACGGAGAGAAGAGAGGGAACGAGAGGAGAGAAUGGGCAGGAGGUCUGGAUCGAGAAAUAGAGAUCGUCGAAGAUCACGGUCUCGGGACAGGAGGCGAAGACGCUCGAGAUCAGCUUCCCGCGAGCGGCGGAAGUCUCGCUCCAGGUCCCGGGACCGACACAGACGCCACCGGAGCCGCUCCCGCAGCCACAGCAGAGGUCACCGACGGGGGUCCAGAGACAGGAGUUCGAAACACAAAUCUUCUAGGGAUCGAUCUUCAAGAGAGAAGUCACGAGACAGAGAGAGGAAAGAGAAGAGCUCUUCUGAGAGGCGGCACGAGAGCACAAAUGGCAAAUCUCGUUCCAAGAGAUCAGAAGAGAGAGAAGCGGGCGAGAUCUGAACUCAAACGAUCUGUGUUGCACUGUAAAUAGUCUGAUAAACAUUCUACACAAAGCCUAAAUUUCCCAUUUAUAUUUACUGAAUACAACUCAUCUUUUGUAGUUUGGAAUUUUUAUUGUUUGGCAGAUAGCUGUGAGUUUGUAGAGACACCGAGUUCCCCCCGUACUGUUUAACAGGAUUUUGUUUUCGUAGGAAUAAAUAAACCUGACGGAUCGUUCUCAAUUCAG